AUGACUCGGUCCGCGGCCACGGCCCCGGAUUUAGCCCCGGUGGAAGGUAACCUAGCCCAUCAUAUCAGCCAAUUUCUAGAUCCCUCUGUCAACACCGUUUGGAUCCGAUCGCACACGCCCCUUUUGGCCCACGUGUUGCCCCAUCUCCAACUCCAGCCCCAGGACCCCGACCAAGUUGAACGAGUGCUCGUCGCUUUAGCCCGCUGUCUGCACUCACAAGCCCAUUUGUGGCCAUUGGCUCAACCCAUUCUUCGACCCCAGUUUCCCAUUUUCCAGCGAUUUUUAGGCCGCUCACCCGCCUGGAAAUCGCCCGAACCGCGUCCAAAAAAACGCAAAACGUUGGGUAAUCCGCCCUUAAGCGACCAGGACGUGCUCCAAGCCGCGCUCAUCCUGGUCGAGACCAAUCCGUACUUCCAUCAUUUGUGGGCUUGGUCCGAUUUAUUGGCCCGUGUUCAUCAUUUCCGGGAUGACGCCACGGUUUGGUAUGCCAUUGAAACCUUGGCUCGGGUUUUCCAGUAUGAUCAAAGCCGGAAGUGGCAAAUGGUCCCGACGCAAGUGAUGGGACCCGAUCGCUAUCGAGCGCUGACCUUAUCGCAUCUUGCCCAACGACGAGCCUUGGCCAAUGGGCCCGCCCCCGAAGUGAGGACCCUCCCUGACUGGCCGGACGUCAAUCCCGCCGUGAUCUGGGUCAGUACUGUGCCUUUACUCAAGGUCGGUGAUAGUUUACCCGACCCCCACUCACCCGGAUUUAUGACCUUUGGUGAUUGUCCGAAUCGCUUGCGACAGAUUUGUCUCUCUAUUCACGCCAAUCAACCCGUUUUGAUUCGGGGACCGAUUGCCAGUGGCAAAACGUCGUUGGUGGAGCACUUGGCUCGGUUAACGGGCCGGGAUGAAGGGCGAGAGUUCCAUCGAAUCCAGAUCACCGACCAGACCGAUGGGCGUAGUCUCUUGGGUGGAUAUACGUGCUCACAAGUGCCGGGUCAUUUCGUAUGGAAGUCGGGUCCCUUGGCCGAAGCUGUCACACGAGGCCAUUGGCUUUUGAUCGAGGACAUUGACCAGGCUCAAAUCGAUGUGGUGUCGACGUUACUGCCUCUACUUGAGUCCAAGGCCCUCUAUUUGCCGUCCAAAGGCAGUCCGGUCACUCCCGCCCCCGGAUUUCAAUUGUUUCUGACCCAACGAGACUCGGAGCUCCGUCUGGGUGGACAUCCCGUGGUCGUGGAUUGUCCGCCUUUGGAUCAACAAGACAUGUUUGACCUGGCUGAACCGAUCCAUCCGCUUUUGGUCCCCGUUCUCCCCAAGAUCAUCGGUGUGCUCGUGGAAAUCAAUGGUCGUUUGAAUCGCAAUCGUGACCGACUCUUUACGGUCCGAGAUUUGUUGAGUUGGGGCGCCCGGUGCGUAGAGCAGUGCCCUACUGGGGACAUGAAGCGGGACAUUCUGUUCCAGGAAUCCAUACACGUGUUCUGCAAUCACUUGGCACAUGAGAACGCCAAAUUCGAACGGGCUUCACUCUUUGCCCAAGUGCUCAACAUCAACAGUGACCAAGUCGAUUACUACGUCAAUGAGAGAACCGCUCCCGUAACUUACACCACCAACAAUACGCUCAAAGUCGGACGAACUAGUUUGGACCUGGCCCAUUCGUUUGAUCAGUCCAUGCCGUUUUGUCUGACAUCGCAGUCUUCGAAUCUUUUGGAAUUUCUCACCAUUUCCGUGCUAGCCGAUCAAGCGUGUCUUUUGGUGGGCGAGACCGGAGUAGGAAAAACCACGACGGUCCAGUUUCUGAGCAAGGCUUGGGGCAGAAAGCUGCACGUGAUCAAUCUGUGCGAGCAAAGCGAGGCUUCCGACUUGUUUGGAGGUUUUAAGCCCGUGGAUUUGUCCUUCAGUCUUAUCCCGAUAAUAGGCCAGUUCAAGAACCUGUGUCAGAAGUCGUAUUCCGUCAAACGCAAUCGGAAAGUCGUGGGUCAUCUGACGACUCUGUUUCACGACAAGAACUGGCUGGACUUACUGGACUUGUGCCUCAAGAUCUCGUCUCAUUCUCUCCAUGAGGAUUCCAUGGACCAGGAGCUCAAACUUCAAUGGGAGCAAUUGAAUGGUACCCUCCUUAUGAUCAAGCAAAGCGUGUCCGAAAGUGCCACAAAUUUGUUCGCUUUCGUGUCCGGGGUUGUCACCGAGGCCAUCAAAAACGGAGAUUGGGUGCUCUUGGACGAGGUCAACAUGGCGGAGAAAGAAUUAUUGAUCGGGGUGAUCUCGAUUUUGACCAAUAGUCGCCAAAUCAGUUUGAGUGAUGGGGAGAGUCAAGUGUCUCGCCACCCCAAUUUCAGACUCUUUGCUUGUAUGAACCCGUCCACCGAUGUAGGCAAAAGAGAUCUGCCCCCGGCACUCCGCAAUCGCUUCCUCGAAUAUUAUCUGGGUGAGCCCAAGAAUCGCAAUGACUUGGAAGCCCUGGUAAACGAAUACCUGAAGAACUUGCACGUGAGCAAGAAGGUGGUGAGUAAUGUGCUGGAUUUUUACUUGAAUAUCAAGAGCUUGAGUCAGAAACGAUUGUGUGAUGGGACCGGUCAUAAACCCUCUUUUUCAUUGCGAACCUUGUGUCGAGCCUUAAGCAUCGCGUCUCGAAACCCCACCGGAAACAUUGACAAGUCCCUGACCGAGGCCUUUUGUAUUUGCUUCCUCACUGAGUUGGACAAGGAUUCUUAUCCGAUCGUGCUCACUUGCAUCCUCAAAUAUUUCCCGUCCAAGUCGCAAGGGUCUCAAGAAAUGGCGCAACCUUCCUCCGUAAAGGGAGAACGUGUGGUGAAGAUUGAAGGCUUCUGGAUGAAGUGUGGCAAAUUCGAGCCUCUGUUACAAAACGAUUACAUUCUGACCAAUUCUGUCCGGCAGAACCUGAAGGAUCUAGCCCGAAUCAUUUCGCUCAGCGAAUUUCCGGUCCUGAUCCAAGGGGAGACUUCAGUGGGUAAAACCAGUUUGAUCUCAUAUUUGGCCAAGGCCAGUGGAAACCAUUGUGUGAGGAUCAACAACCACGAACACACGGAUAUUCAAGAAUAUGUAGGCUCUUACGGGGCAGAUGCAUCAGGGGCGUUUGUCUUCAACGAAGGAGCCUUGGCGAAGGCCAUGCGAGAGGGUCAUUGGGUCAUCUUGGAUGAGUUGAAUCUGGCCUCCACGGAGAUCUUAGAGGCUUUGAAUCGGGUUUUGGACGACAACCGCGAGUUGUUCAUUCCCGAAACGCAAACCGUGAUUAAGGCGCACAAAUUGUUCCGCGUAUUUGCUACUCAAAAUCCGGCGGGGACCUAUGGAGGUCGGAAAGUGCUUUCCCGGGCAUUCAGGAACCGAUUUGUCGAGCUCCAUUUCGAUGAGCUCCCUAAUCCGGAAUUGGAGGUGAUCAUUGAGAAAAAAUGCGCCAUCCCCAAGGCUAUGAGCAAGAAGAUGGUCAAAGUCAUGAGUGAGCUUCAAUUGGUCCGCAAAGCGAGCGAGGCCUUCCAAGGUAAAAAGGGCUUCAUCACCCUUCGAGAUCUGUUUCGAUGGGGAUUCCGAUAUAGCAAGUACGACCCGUCGACCCAAUUUCAUGAUUGGGACCUUCACGUGGCGGAAGAAGGGUAUCUGGUUUUGGGAAGUCGUCUCCGUGUGGCCGAGGAUGCUGAGGUCGUUGCCAAAGUUUUGGAGAAGGUCUUUAAACGUAAGAUCGAUGUUCAUGACAUGUUCCAACCGAAUCCGAGCACAUCUUUGGUCCUCAGAGACGAAAUGAAGAUUCUAAGCUCGAUCAAAGAUCAGUGUAAGAUCGUGUGGACUAGAAACGCCCGUCGAAUGGCGUCCUUGCUCCUCCAUAGUGCCAAAUUUGAAGAGCCCGUCUUGUUGGUGGGACAGACCGGGUGCGGCAAGACCUCCGUUUGUCAGAUCGUGUGUGACACCCUUCAACAGACCAUGAACACCAUCAAUUGUCACCUGAACACGGAUGCCUCGGAUUUCUUGGGGAGUCUCCGGCCAUGUCGCGAUCACUCAAAGGGUAAGCUGUUCGAGUGGAAGGACGGGCCCCUUAUUGACACCAUGAUCUCGGGACACAUAAUCUUGGUGGACGAGAUCUCCUUGGCCGAUGACAGUGUCAUCGAAAGGCUCAAUCCGGUCUUGGAACGAGAUCGGGCCAUCAACCUCUCGGAGCGCUUAUCUGACGACUCUAAAUCUGACACGCUCAUUGUAGCCCACGAAAAGUUCCGGUUGUUCGCGACCAUGAACCCUGGUGGUGAUUAUGGCAAGAAGGAGCUCUCUCCAGCCUUACGUAAUCGAUUUUUCGAGAUAUGGUGCCCUUCGCACCAAACCAUGACGGAUGUCACUAAGAUUCUCCGAAUCAAACUUCCCGAAGCCGCCCAAGAUGAGGACAUUCAGAGCAUUUUGGAUUUUCUCGAUUGGUAUCAAAAUCGCAUCCAACGCGACAACUGUUUCAGCAUCCGUGAUAUUGACACUUGGUCAUCGUUCAUUCGAUCGACCCACGAAUCUUUGGGAGUGGCCAAGGCUAUUGUCCAAGGGGCGUUAUUAGUGUUUUUAGAUGGCCUGGCCACAACCGAAAGUAGCAUGAGCCCAAUUGAGAUUCAAGAAACUCGACGAGCCGCCAUCCAAAUGUUAGUCAAAUCCCUCGCUCUAAAAGACAUCCCAUCCGAUGAUCCCAAUGAAGACUUCAAGUUUCAAGACUCUGAGACCUCUGUAAGCUUUGGCUUAUUCACUCUGCCCAAAAAAGCAUCCAUUACAUAUUCCCCCUCCCUACUCAAUUUCCGCGUCAGUACUGUCCUUGAAAAUGCCUUCAAAAUCUCACGAGGGCUACAAGUGGACCGGCCCAUUCUCCUUGAAGGACCCCCUGGAGCGGGCAAGUCCACGAUGGUUAAGAUACUUGCACGAGCCACAGGCAAUAAAUUGGUUCGAAUCAAUCUCUCGGACCAAACGGACAUUGCCGAUCUGUUUGGAACGGAUCUUCCAGCGGAAAAUGAGGCCGUCGGAACAUUUAGUUGGCACAAUGGUGCAUUCCUGUCAGCGCUACAAGCUGGUCACUGGAUCCUGUUGGACGAGCUCAACCUUGCCACGCAAUCCGUCCUUGAGGGUCUCAAUGCCUGCCUUGACCAUCGAGGUGAGGUCUUUAUACCUGAAUUGAACAAGACUUUUUUCAUCAACAAGCAAUCCACGAGGAUCUUUGGCACACAGAAUCCUUCAAAAGAUGGCUCUGGCCGGAAGGGGUUGCCACAAUCGUUUCUGAAUCGAUUCACCAAAGUCUAUGUUCAAGAAUUCACCCCAGAAGACAUUAUUGAUAUUUGCACCGUGGAGGGGCCUUUAAAAUCUGUUUCUAAAGGCCGAGAACUAGCAACCAAGAUGACUCAAACCCUGGUGGCCCUUCGCGAGGAAGUGAAUGUUCAUCGAUCCUUUGGUAUUGCUGGAUCCCCCUGGUCGUUUAAUAUCCGAGAUGUGCUUCGUUGGUCCGAAGCUGUGCAAACUGGGGAAAUCUCCGAGAUCCUAAAAACCGGUCAGCUUCUAUUAACAUCCAGGUUUCGCACGCGAGAAGAUCUAGAUUUGGGCGAAAAACUGGUCCGAUCGAUGUGGAACAUGACAGACGCACAGAAAGAGCUUCCAACCGUGUCCAUUACACAAAAUUAUGUUUCCAUCGGAUCUCAAAAGAUGUCCCGUGAGAUCCAUGCUCCCGAGAAAAGUGAAGGUCUGUUUUUGUUAAGGGAUCAAUUGCCGUAUUUGGAGUCACUUAUGAUGUGUAUCCAGAACAAGUGGAUCCCUAUUAUCACGGGACAAUCCGGAUCCGGGAAGACCAGUUUGGUGGAAGUGCUUGCCCAGCUAAUCAACCAACCCUUGUGCUCAAUCACCAUGAAUGCCACCACAGACACGACCGAACUUUUGGGGACCUUUGAGCAAACCGAUGAAUACACCACGUUGAAAAGAAUUCGAGAAGCCAUUGAGCAGGAGCUGAAAAUGAUCAAGGUGGACACCGAUGCCCUUUUGACCAUCGCCAAAGUACGGGAAUCCUUGGCGAAAGAUCGAGGCAUCAAGAUCAAGGAUCAAAUUGAAGACUUGAUCAUCAUUUGCCAUUCCCUAGGCCGUGAUUUUCCCCAAACCAAACAGAGUGUGGACGAUUUAGGAGUGCGUUUGGCGAAGUUGCAAGCUCAACGUGACAACGUCCUCAACUCCACCUUUGCGUGGGUGGAUAGCGUGCUCGUCAAGGCUGUGGAACAAGGUCAGUGGCUCCUAAUUGACAAUGCAAAUUUCUGCGACUCGUCGGUUUUGGAUCGUUUGAAUGGACUCUUUGAACCUGACGGCGUUCUCACGAUUGGCGAGCAAGGCUGUCGCAAUGACGAAGUCCGGACUGUCUUUCCCCAUGCAAAUUUUCGCGUUUUCCUCACCAUGGACCCGAAGAACGGAGAACUUUCCCACGCCAUGAGGAACCGAGGUGUUGAGAUUUUUGUUCAUUCAGGGGUGAGUGGUCAUGAUCUUCUCAUGGCCAAUUUAAGAUCGAAAUUAUCUGCCAAACGAGCCGAGGCCAUCUUCGCGAAGUACUUCGCGCCCUUGCGUAUAGAUCUUCCCACUGCGGCGAGAAUGGCUCAACAAAUCCAUAUGGAAAUGACCAUCAGUUCCAAGAUUGAGCCCACCUGUAAACAAUUGGCCUUGGAUGUGAGUGAUUAUGUUGAUGUGCGUAUUAGAACCCUAGGUUCUCCUUCGGUGAAUCUAAUCAACUUUCAUCCAAGUGAAUAUCAACUAAUGACUAAAUGUGCUCUCGUGGAAGAAAUCACGAAGAUAUACUCCCAGAAGGAACCCAUGGAACCGCUGCUCUGUCUUUUCUUGUCGGAAAUGGCGGGUUCUGAUUUGCCGGCUAAUUUUCUUCAGUUGUUCCAAGAACCGCAAAAGUUCUCUUUCGCCAUUGCAACCACGACCCAAGAGAGCGUCGCUAAACUUCUUAAUCCAUUUGCUUCCAAAGUCGACACGAAAGACUUCGAAUCAGCCCAAAGCUUAGCCAAAUUGGAUAAAGACUUGGGAAAGGGAUGGAAAAAGCUCAUGGAUCCCUCCACUUUAGACAACAAAAUCGUGCUCUUUGGGCUUUGGAAGCUUUGCGUGACCUUGAAACAGCUAAGAGAAUCCUUUGCCAAGGAUACCCUUGAAGAAGUUUGGGAAGCAUUCCAUCUUCAUUGGAUCGUUUGGAGGGAUCUCUUGACGCCCAUUUGGACCUCGGAACCUGAUUUUGGAUCCGUUCAAAGCGAUCUCGAUUCCAUGGUAGAUCUGAGCAUUCUUGGAACUCUCAAGCUAUGGAGUGUGACUCAGAAAUCCUUGCCCAUUCCGCCCACAUUUCAUGAUGAAGCUCUGGCUUUGGAUUUUCGUCGGGCUUUGACCUUAUCCCAUGAUUGGUCCGUCUACAAAUGUCAAGAUGCGAGGGAACUUCAAGCUUUCCUUGAGAUCAUGAACCGUGUGGUUCUCGAGGGAUCAUUAGCAUCCUUGCCCGACAAGGUCAAUGUGACAGUGAAGAGCGAGAAAGAUCAAACGAUCAGGACCAACAUCUUGGACCUGUUUAAAGCCCACUGCACGCAUGUGAAUAACUGUCGGGUGGAAUCUGGAAGCUCUAUCAAGAACAUUCCCACCUAUCCUUUGCUUUUGACCAAUUCCGCCCACACGCAGCUCAAUGAGAGCCAAUUGCGAACUGAACUCACUUUCUAUUCCAUUAUGGAGAGGAAGAUCUGCGAUAUUUUUGGAUUGAACACGUGCCAUACUGGUCCAGAUUUUGUCAUGAAGAUACUAUUCACCCCAGGCACAUUGUUCUCUCAAUCCCCAAUCGCGGCUUUGAACACUAUCCGAUCAUCCCUGAACGGAAUUUACUUAGAAAUGUCGAAAUCCGGAGAAUCCUUAAAAUCCGCCAAAACCCGUGAUAUGGAACACCUUGAAGAGACAAUUGAGAGGGAUUUUUCGCGCAUUUCUCGACUCUUGGAAGAUCUCUCCGACACCAGGGGAGUGAGUUUUAAUGAACUCAUUCAAGUUUGUCGCCAACAAGCCAAAAUUCCUACCGACUUGGCAGAACUCCUUAACGAUCUUGUCCAAGUUCCUAACCAGGCUUGUAAUUCACCCAAGUACGUUCAGCUCCUUCAGGCUAAGAUCCUCACCGGUCUCGUUUUCUUCCAUUUGGCUCAUCUCCUGAGCAAGGUAGACAUGAAGGCGUUAUUGGAAACCGAAGCCGAAAUCCUGACGCUCGACGCCCAACGUUCCGAAACCAUGAUUAUAUCUGACACAUCCUUGAAGAUUCUCCACUUAUCCACAUCCACCGAUGUGUACGAUCACAACAAUCCUCUCAUGACCCAGGCCAAGAUUGAUUUGGAGAAGUCUAAAAGCCAGAUCUCUGUGAUCAAGUCUCGGAUUCCCGUUCGAUUGGAAUCGUCGAAAGCUCUCUUGGCAGAUUUUGCCCGCAUCGCUCAAGGGCCAUUGAGUCGAGAAAAUAUUCACGGUUUGGUACGAGAAAUCAUGAAUCCUGAUAGCAAGUCGGAUUUGGAAGCACGAUUGAAAUCUUGGUCAGAGACCCUGGUUCAAGUAAAGCUCGAUUUCGAGCAGAAAUAUCCAACAUUCAGGGAUGUUUGGACUGUGGGUAAUUUGGGGCUGUGCGAAGUUAUCUCGGGGGUCAUGAUUCUGAAGCAAGAGUUCCGAAACAACGACGAACUAGCACGCAAAAUCAAUACAUUUAACACUCUGGAAUCACUUUACCACGGGGAGUUCAAUCUUGGACACUUGAAACCCAACUCCAAAGGACAUUGCAAUGUAAUCAUCGAUAUUGAACGCGAUCUUAAGAACAAAGACAACCUGAUGGAGCUCUUGACUUGUGGUGAUCACGCAGAUAUUCUAUCAAACUCCUUGAAGAAUCUUGAGGACGAUCUACCCCCUUCGAAAUGCAAGUCUCUUCAGUAUCUUCUCAUCCAAAUGACUGGGGUUGAGACAACUUUGAAAAUCCCUAGUCGAUUCGACAGUUUCAUUCAAUCUUACAAGAAAGACAUCCUUGAACUCAGCAACGUUGGGGAAGACUCCUAUAUCGGGUUAGAAGUGCAUAAAAAGGCUUUGGCGUAUUCGAUUGAGACCAUGAAGGAAGAGUCCAAGGCCUUUCCAGAAUUGGAAACGCUUUCAUCCGCUUGUCGGGAGAUCAUACAGUACGUUCAGAAGAGUUUGUUGAGUAAAUGGCCGGACAAUGUCCUACUCAUGGACAUCAUCCGCGGAUCUGAGUCAAUUCUGAGCCACAGUCUGAGUGAUCCUCGCAAGGAGUACAAGAUGGCGUUGGAGAAUCUUUUGGUCAAAAUUGGGUCUUGGAACAAGAACGCUUUCUGUUCUAUUAUGAUUCACGAUGAGAAAUUGGCGGGCAUUCUGGAAUCCUGGAGACUUCAAGACGUCAAAUCCACUCGAUCCCUGCCUAAUGAACUACUCAAGGGUAUUUAUAAGGACACCAUCGUCAUUGGUGCGACGUGCCUCAGAGUUGUUCUCCAAAAGGCUUUCGUCAAGACCUCCAAGCAAUUCUUGGCUCUCGAUAUCGGUCACAUGCUGAUGGUAUUCAUGCUUCAGAGCCACGUGAACGACUUCCAACUAAGAUUGAACAUCCUAAAACACAUCGCAAAUUUAUUGGAAGAUGCCGAUCAAAGUCUGUUUCGAAUCGCGAGAAAUGUUCACGCCUACUUUUCCCAGUACUUGGAUCAGUUCUCCAAAGCCAAAAGUGGAAACAUUAAUUCUGCCAAGAAAAAGGUAGGAGAUGUUUUGAAGGCAUUCACCAACAAGCGCCACAAAGAUUGGGAGCAGUUCUCCCGGCAGAAGAAAAAGCUGUCCGAUGAUUGCUUGGAACUUAUGAAAAUGUCUGUUCCUCAAUUAAUUUCGGUUCCUCCUGGUCGCGUAAAUGAGGAAUCCACUCGACAGGCAUGUUCCAAUGUGACCCCGUUUCAAGAACCGAAGUUCAAAUGGCUCGAAUACGGUGAUGCCGUCGGGCAAAUGAUUGGCAACUCGUUGGAAAUGUUCCAUAAAGUGAAGAAGGCCAACAAGCUCAUCGGUGAAUCUUUGUGUGACUUGGUUUCGAAAAUCAAGACCAUGUGGGAAGAUAUUGAUGCAUUAGAUCCUUUCCUCAAACAAUUGAACAACAAAGAGUUCAAAACUUCCAACGACAAGCACAAAGCGCAGAAGAUGGUUGAGAAUCUCCUGAAAGAACUUCGGGAUGACGGGUUAUCCUUCAGAAUCGGAGGCUUCCAAGUUCCAACGGCGGCCAAGGUCAACGCCAACCCGGCCUUGAACCUCGUGGCACAAGUGAACGAUGUGAUGCGAUGCUCAUCCAAGUUUGACUCGUUCUGUUUGGCGCUAACCACUCCUCAAGAACAUGUUAAUCCUAUGGUUCACGAAAGAACCAAAGGAACCGUGUCACAUGGACUGAUGCAACUUGUCAAAGGUUCCCAUGUUGUCUCGUGUGUCAAAAAAGAUUUGGAAUUCCUCAAGGGCUUGUUGUCGCACCUUCAGUCUGUUCAAAGACAAGAAGAACAGCGCGAAUCUGAAAUCAAGCGAGACACUUUAAGUCGUGCCUUGAAGACUUUGGGCCAAGCCGUGAUUGAUCCGUACUUGGAAAUGGCUCAAGAUGAUAUUCAACUUGAUAGAACGAUUCAAAUGAUGCACAAGAUUGGAAAAGACAUAUUAUCUGUGGAGCCAACGUCUGAGCUUGUCCUUAAACACAUCGAACACCUGGAAGUGAUCUUGCGUAAACAGGACAGCCAUUUCUAUCAGGAUGUGCGUGAGCAACUACAAAAAGUCAAGAACCUUCAUCAAAUCCAAGCAAUCCAAGCCUCUGAAGGGCGCAAUGCAUCCAUGGCGAAAUUGCCCGAAUCGGCUUUGAACGAUAUAAAGACCAAAGUUCUAAAUUACGCGAAGAAAUGGUUGAAUACUGUUCAAACGUUAAAGAAGAGCCUAACUCAGAUUGACUUGAAAGAAUCGCCAUUCCUAGAUUUGAACGUUCUUUUGGAAGUUCUUCUGUCGCUUCAAAUGAACUCCCGUGUCAAGGAGGUGGAAAAGAUCCUCAACCUACGGCGUCAAUAUUACCUUAUGAAUGUGGAUUGCUCAAAGUUAGAUGAGAUCCUUUUGGAGGCAAUUGCGCUGAUCCUUCCAUGUCUUGAGCCGGUAGCAAAAUUGCUAUCUGUGGCUGAGGCCUUUGUGAACGUAUGCGGGAAUCACCUGUGGAAGAUCACUGAUGUGUUCCAUCAAUUUGUGAUUCACGAAUUCCCCAAACAAGAUGAAGAGGAGCAAGAAGGCGAUUCUAAAAACGCGGAAUCACAAAAACUCGAUGGAUGUGGUCUUGGAGAAGGCAAGGGAGAAAAAGCAACUACAGAGGAUGUCGAGGACGAAGAUUUGUUUGACAAUCAGCCCGAUCCUAAUGAGAAAGAACAAGAAGAUGAUCCAGAAGAUAAGUCCGAGGCCAAGGAAGAGGAAGAUCACAUUGACUACAGCGACAAGUUGGAUGAUGGACAAACAAAGGAUCGGGAAGAAAAAGAGCAAGGAUCUGACGAUGACAAGGAUGACAACAGUGACGAAGAAAAAGAUGAACCUAGUGACGUGGAAGAGACCAAUGUUGAUGACGACGAUAAGCUCCAACCUGAGGAUUGGGGCUCUGACGUGGAGGAAGACGAGGACGACAAAAAAGAUGACAAGGAGAAAGCAGAGAAAGAGAAAGAUCCCCAUCGAAAGAAAGACGCCUCGGCGGCUCAAGAAAAGGAUGACGAGGAGGGCUCCGAGGAAGAACCCGAUGAGACGAAUGUGGAGAAGGAAGAGAAUCCUCGAACACGCCAACCGGAUGAGAAAGAAGAAGAAAAUGGGGAUGUUGAAAUGAAGGACGAUGAGUAUCAGAACUUGCCGGAAGAUAUCGAACCCGAAGAUCUCGAUCUAGAGGAUGACGCCAACAUGGAUGGAAACGAUGAUGACGAAGAAAUGGAUCCCAUGGAACAAGAAGAAGAAGAUAUCCGAUUACCCGAUUUCGUGGAUGAAGAACCAGAAAAAGACGACUCUGAGGAAAAGGACCAAGAAGAGUCCAAUCCUUUAGGAGACGCACAAAAUGAUACGGACGCCGUUGCUCAAAGUGAGACGGCCAAUGAAACAUCCGACAAGUCUACGAUCCUACCCAAGGAAGAAGAAGCUCAGGCCGAGAAAGACGAUGACAAGGAGGGUCCUGACUCUAUGGAGCAACAGCCUCAAAAGAAAGGAGCAUCGAAUGCUGAAGAGCAAACCGAGCCUGACCAAAUUGAAGAUGCCGGUAAAGAAGAAGAUCAAGCUGAGCCUAUGGAUGUUGAAGAAGGCGAUCGUGUUGAAGAGGAAGCUGACGAGAUGUGUUUGGAAGUCCAAGACAAACUUGAGAUUGAACGAUCACAGAAUGUCCUCGAUGAUGUCACGUCCAAGACAUUUGCUCAUUUGAAUUCCAAAGAGCAAGCCACAGAGAGUGCUGCAUCUACUCUAGACGAAGUCGCUUUCGAAAAAAUGAAGGAGUUGAAAUUGAAAGUGGACAAGUCCAAGAAGACCACAGAAGAGAAGGACAAAUCUGAGCAAAGUCAACCAAAAGAGCUCAAGCAAGAGUUGGGCCAGACAUUGUCCGAGGAUGACAUGCAGGUUUUGGAGAGCAAGCGAAUUGAUACCAUGACCGUAUCAAGAGGAGAUGCAUCGCAAUUUGGACAAUCCGAAACGUGGGAUGUGAAGCCCACUGAGUUGGAAGAGUUCAAGGAUAUCGAACCGGAUGUUUUAGAUGUGCACAUCAACCAAGAGCAUCUGAAAGCAUGGACUGAGCUCUGCAAUUCCACUGCAGAACUUUCUCGCACCCUCACCGAGCAAUUACGUCUGAUCAUCGAACCCACCAAAGCUACUCGCUUAAGAGGCGAUUACAAAUCUGGCAAACGCAUCAAUAUUCGCAAAGUGAUCCCCUACAUUGCCAGCCAUUUCCGAAAGGACAAAAUUUGGUUGAGACGAACGAAGCCCUCGAAACGCGAUUGCGAGAUUAUGGUAGCCUUGGACGAUUCAAGUAGUAUGUCUGAUAACCAGGUCCAACAUUUGUCCUUCCAAGCCUUGAGCACGCUUUGUCAAGCUCUCUCUGUUCUGGAGAUAGGGAAAAUGGGCGUUGUACGAUUUGGCGAGAAAGUCUCUGUUGUACUUCCACCGAAAACCAACUUCUCGAUCAACGAUGGAGCUCAGCUCGUUUCACAAUUCUCAUUUGACCAAAAUGUGACCAGAAUAGUGGAACUGUUGAGAGUGUGCUCCUCUCUUUAUUCAUUGCCAACGGAUCGUCCUUUGAGCAAGCUUCUCAUUGUCAUUUCCGAUGGAAAGGGAAUUUUGAACGAGGGAAAAAUGAAAGUGGAAGAGGCCGUGAGAAACAUGAAACUACAGAACGUGUUCACCAUUUUUGUCAUCGUGGAGGCUUCUGCUAGCUCAGAAUCUGUUUUGGACAUUCGAGCUCCCGUGUUUGAUGACCUUGGGAAUUUGAGAUCCAUCGAUUCAUACAUGGCCAGUUUCCCAUUCCCUUUCUACAUCAUCCUUCGGGAGGUGAAGAACCUUCCCAUCGUUUUGAGUGACGCCCUGAGACAAUGGAUGGAACUUGUCACUUCCUCGAACUAAUGAUUAUGCGUGAAUAAAAGUCAAUGACAAGUAAA